AUGGGAAGGUUACCCAAGGAACGGACGUCCUUCUCGCGUCCCUUCACCCAUACCGGUAUGGACUAUGCCGGACCCUUCGACAUCAAAAACUACACCGGACGAGCCUGCAUUAUUACAAAGGGGUAUGUGUUGGUGUUUGUGUGCUUCACCACUAAGGCCCGUUUUGUAUUCCGAAGAGGAUGCCCCCGUCAAGUUCAGUCGAACAAUGGAAAGACAUUUGUGGGUGCGGCGGCCCAACUCUCCCGCGAUUUUGUCCAAGCACACAAAAGGCCUGUGACGGGUGCCUUUAGUCACCAGCCGCUGCUUUGGGAAUUCAUUCCUCCGGGGGACCCCCACAUGGGAGGCUUGUGGGAGGCCGGCGUCAAGAGUUUCAAGACUCUGUUUUACAAGACUACGGCCACGCGUAAAUACACAUUCGAAGAGUUGUCCACGCUUUUGGCAAGGAUCGAAGCGUGCUUGAAUUCGCGUCCACUCGCGCCAAUGUCCGAAGAUUCCGCGGAACUGUUGGUACUUACGCCUGGACACUUUCUUGUUGGAAGGCCCCUUUCUCACAAUGGUUGA